AUGAUUUUUUUUCAGUCAGCAUUCUCUGCUCCCAACGGCUCCAUCUUCCUCACCUCAACGCCAUCCACUGCACCAUGGGGAGCGGCCUUCACACCGCAACCCAUCACCCUCUUCCUCUCCACCAACAAAAAGCAGCCCUGCGAGCAGCCCAUUGGCUUCACCGUCUCGUUCACUUUUCAAAUGACCCCUGCUGCUACCUUUGGUAGUGCUGCUGCAGGCGCAGGCAGCAGCACAGCAGGCGAGGGCCUGGCAUUUGUAGUCACUGCGGCGGCACCCCAGGGGCUUUCUACAGGGGUGGGGCUGGGAGGGGUGGGGAAGCGGAGUGUGGCGGUGGAGUUUGACCCGGUGCUGAGUGUGAAGCACAGCGACCCCAACGACAACCACGUGGGCGUCAAUGUGGGCGGCUCACCUGUGUCCCUCGCCUCUGCCACGGCCCCUCUCAUCCUCAACGACGCCCACACCAAGCACGCCUGGAUCCACUACGACCCCACCAGCGGCGGCACUCUCCGAGUCUUCCUCUCAGCCUCCAGGCAGCAGCCGUCCAAGGCUGUGCUGACGGCGAGAGUGUCUCUGUGCAGCGCACUCAAGCCCACCAUGGGAAAUUCCUCAUUCAUCUUUGGAUUUAUGGCAGCCUCUACAAACUAUACUCAGAGGCAUGACAUUCUCUCAUGGAAGAUCAUCACGGGCAUACCUCCUGUUGUGGACUGGAAAAAUGGAGUCCCUGGCAAAACAUUUGGGCAGGUGUCAUCAUCAGAGGAGGUGGCAGGAGCCAGUGAGAGCAAGAACGUGCCCUCCACCUUCCAUUAUGCCAGCCUCGCCUUUCAAGUGGACAGCCCAGCUACGGAGCCGUAUUGGAACCUUCCACCUUUCGUUUCUUGGAUGCGGAAUGAGGCAACGUGGCCUGUGAAGAACCAGCACGGAUGUGCCGACUCCUCGGCAUACGCAGUGGUAGCAGCAGUGGAGGCAGCCUACAGCAUUGCGAGCAACGGGUCGCAGCCCCCCCGGCUGUCGGUGGAGCAGCUGCGGCUGGCCCUGUCGUCCAACUGCGACGACAUGCCUCCGCGCGAUGUGCUGGCCUUCCUGGUGGCUGCCACGCGCAAGGGAGGGGGGCUCGUGGAUGACGCAGCAGCAGCGGCCGCCAGUCCACACAGCAUGGCGUCCGCCGGCCGGCGGGAGAGACUGGCCGUGAAGCCCAAGUACUACGGCAUUCAGGGCUAUGAGGAGACCUCCUUCGAUGGAUGGCUGGGUCUGCUGUUGGCAGUGCAGCGGCAGCCAGUGGUUGUGCGAAUAGAGGCUUCCGCACAAUCGUUCUUCGAGUAUGACGGGACAUACAAGUAUGCGGAUGCUGGCUGUUUUCAGGAGGGGGUGAACCACGCAGUGCUGCUGGUGGGCUAUGCUUUGCAAGGCAGCACGUCCAGCCCUUUCAGCCUCGAUGGGCCCCUCUGGGUGAUCCGCAACUCAUGGGGCAGCGAGUGGGGCGCUGCAGGACACAUGUUCAUGGACAUGCAGAGCGGGCCGGGCGUCUGUGGCAUCAACACACUGCCAGGCAUCUUCCCCAUCCUCCGAUCUACUGCUGACCCGUGUGGCAGUAAGUCCGUGAUCCUAGAAGGCUCAUCAGAAGUGGCAGGGAGCAACGCGUUCAACCCGUGUGGGCAGUUCAAGUGCUCCAAGGCCGGAGCAUCCAACCGCUGUGCCUGUGCUGCUCCCCACUUCGUCCAGGCCUCCCACCCCGACGGCUCCAACACCUGCGCCUAUGUGGACGCCUGUGGGCUGGCAGGCAGCAACCCGUGUGUGGUGGGCACGUGUGUGAACGAUGGCAAGGGCAGCUACUCCUGUGUGUGCCCCCCGGGGUUCGUUCAGGGCACCACCGCCAAGGGAACCCUUUCCUGUGCUCCGGGCGAAAGCAAGGGCAGCUACACGGUGCUUGGCAGCAAUGUGUGGUGCACUCAAGUGCUGCCCGUGUUCGGUCUCACUCUCGACCAACUCAAACAGCAGAACAAGGGGGAAAGCUGUGUGACAUUCGCUCAGCAGUUCAAUCUGAGUGACAGCUGUCCCGGGUAUGGCGAUCAGGCAUGUGUGGAUGCGUUGGCAGGGCUCAACCCUGGGCUCAAUUGCUCAGAGCUCAUGCGCGGUCAGGCUGUAUGUGUGGAGCGCGACGAGAGCAGAGCGAGGGAGGUGGCAGUGUGUGAUGAGGAGUACCUUGUCCAGGUUUGUGGUGCAAGCAGCACACGGUAUAAGACUGCCACCUGCCCAGGGGGCACCUACAGCAUUGCAGCUGGAGACAGCUGCGCCAUGAUUGACGUGAAGGAGUUUGCCAGCAUCAAGGGGUGCUACAGGAAGAUGAAUGGCUUUGAGUGCUUGGAGAGAAUGCUAUUGGGGACAACUGUCUGCACCCCCGAAGCUUCGGCUGCUCGAGUUGGGAUAUGCUCCAUAGCUUAA